AACUUGCGAAUCUUUAAAAUGGCAAGAAAGACACAUUAGUUUUCUAUUAAAAGAUGGAAUCAAAAGCUUUCGUCUCUGUUACGUUCUUAAUCGUGACCAUUCUUCUCUGUAGAACAAUUCAAUCAAGGAGUUGCAGAUCAGAACAGAAAAACAUGAGGAGGACGGUGAUGGUAGGAGGCGUUCAUGAUAUUCCAGGAAACCAGAACAGUGGAGAGAUCGAGAGUCUUGCUCGAUUCGCUAUUCAAGAACAUAACAACAAAGAGAACAAGGUUCUUGAGUUCAACAAGAUUGUUAGAGCAAGAGAACAAGUAGUUGCAGGAACCAUGUACUACUUAACUCUAGAAGCAAAUGAAGAUGGUCAGAUGAAGAACUUCGAAGCCAAAAUUUGGGUGCAGCCAUGGAUGAACUUCAAGCAGUUAGAGGAGUUUAAAGAAUCAUCUUCUUGAACAUUCACUUGUUCAAAGCGUAAUAACCUAAACGUUUCUGUUAUAAAUUAUAUGAAAUAAUUAAGUCUGAGAUAGCUUUGUGUGCUUAACAUAAAACCUGAAGUUAAUGUAAUCAAGAACUUAUUCUGUUUUAUUCUACUUAUGUAUAUUGUCUUUUUGUUCGUUAUUUCAAUGACCAAGAAACAAGACCAUAAGCAAAGGCAUGUAGUAGAUUACAUAUCGGAAGGCACACGUUUAUACAGAUCAGAAGGUAACCUAGGCGU